UCCCUAGCUAGGUCGUCUGGCGACGAUGAGUUGCAAUGGGUGCAGGGUCCUCCGAAAGGGGUGUGUGGAAGGCUGUGUCCUGAGGCCCAGCCUUGUGUGGAUACGAGGUCCAGAGGCACAGGCCAACGCCACCCUCUUUCUCGCCAAAUUCUAUGGCCGCGCCGGUCUCAUCAACCUCAUCAAGGCCGGAACCCCGCCUCUCCGCCCGGAUUUGUCCGCAGAAAUUUUCAAGUCCCUCCUGUACGAUGCCUGCGGACGGGUCAUCAACCCCGUUUUCGGGGCCACCGGCCUGACCUGGUCGGGCAACUGGAGAUGGAUAGAGGGGGCGGUGGACGCGGUGCUGCGGGGGGCGCCCCUCUUGACCCCCCCCCAGCCCCAACUACCAGCUGCCCUGCAGCAGCUGGCCUGCUACGUCCCUUUCCGCGGCUGCGACAUCCGCCGGAUCUCCAGGUACUCGGUGCCACCCUCCACCACCAGCAGCAUCAGCAGGCCCCGGGUGAAUCAACGCAACCGCCGGGAGAUCCAACCGGCGGGCUGGGGAGAUGACCUGACGGAUCUGCCGGAUGAGUGGCUCACGCUUGGGUGUCCGAGCGGCGGCGACGCCGGCCAGAGUAGUAGCAGCGUAGCCGGAGGCGGGGGCGCAGGCAGCCAGCUGAUUGCGUGGAGGGAUGAUAGUUGGGGUUCAUUCCCCGCCGAGAUGCUGGAGCUGUCUCUAGCUCCGUCAUCCAACCCCGAUCCAAGCGGGGCGUGGCUGGAUCUGACCUUGGGUCUCAAUCCGUCAGCGGGCGUUCCACGGAACCGCCACUGAGGGAAGAAAACCCUAGUUUUGGGUUUGCAGCCAUGGAUCAAUUUGAAUACCUAGUUUCUCUGUUUAUGUGCUUUUAAUAUAUAUCCAUAUAUAUAUCUAAUAUGCUUUAAUUUUCUUGCAUGAUGUUCAAUUUUGCCGUGAACAUCUAUAUGUAUUGUAUGUCUUGGUUGCUGUAAUAAUAUAUUUCUU